UUCACAUCUCAGCAAGAGCACAAACACACCAUGAGAAACCUGCCUCUUAUAAAGAGCAUAAUCGCAGAAAGCUGAUGUGCGAGAGACUCCAGUCUUCCUCAACUCACGGUGGAGUAAAUCACAGGGUCGUAAUGCUGGGGAUCUGCUUGUGUUUGAGUGUUGCCGUCCACUUUGCGGUGUCUCAGGAAGCUGAAGCUCAGGAGCCGGUCACAUACACGUGCACUGAAGGGUAUGAGUUUGACUUUGAAAAGCAAAUCUGUAAAGAUAUAGAUGAGUGCAAAACAGUGCUGGAAGCUUGCAAAGGGGGCAUGAAAUGCAUCAACCACUUUGGCGGGUACCUCUGCCUACCUCACAAUGCGCGGAUAAUUGUCAGUAACGGUGAAGGUGAGCCCACUACAGCCCCGCCAGUGGAAAGAUUUCAGCCUGUGAUACCCCAAAUUUCCAGAGGCGAAUUCUCAAGGGUCAUACAAAGCUCUUCGCACUCAAUCCAGUGUGGUGUCGGGUUCAUGGCAGACUCCCAGAACUACUGCAGAGAUGUGAAUGAAUGUCUCACCGCAAACCCCUGUCAGCAUCAGUGCUACAAUCUGAUGGGCUCGUACAUCUGCCAGUGUGAAGUUGGAUUCGAGCUGGCUUCAGACUCCGUCUCCUGCCAAGAUAUCAACGAGUGUGAAAUCUCCAACUACAUUUGCCAGUUCCAGUGUGUGAAUGAACCUGGAGCGUUCCACUGUGCUUGUCCAGAAGGAUACCAGCUCCAAGGGCCACGCAUGUGCCAAGAUAUAGACGAGUGUGAAACAGGAGCACACAACUGCAGAGAAGAUGAAAUGUGUUGGAAUUACUAUGGAGGUUUCCGCUGCUAUCCCAGAGACCCCUGCCGUGAGCCAUACGUGAAAACAGGCGAAGGUCGCUGUAGGUGCCAGUCACAAACUGUUUGCCGUGGACUGCCGCCGGUCAUUGUCUACAAGUACAUGAGCAUCUUCUCCGAUCGAUCAGUGCCUGCAGAUAUCUUCCAGAUUCAGGCAACUAGUGUCUAUCCCAACAUGGUAAACACAUUCACAAUCAAAAACGGCAAUGAGGGAGGAGAAUUCUACCUGAGGCGCUCCAGCAAUGUAAGUGCCAUGUUGGUAAUGACCAAACCCUUGACUGGACCUCGAGAACAUGUUGUGGAUCUGGAGAUGGUCACCCAAAGUAAUGUCUUGUCCUACCGUUCAAGCUCUCUGCUGAGACUCACCAUUGUUGUGGGUCCAUACCCUUUCUAAAUCCUCUAGAUUGAUCAAAUCAGCACUUUGGAUUUAUGUAUGUACUGCAGCUUACUGUGUUCAAAAUGUUCAUCAAAGCAUGGUCACCUGUUUGUCCAGAUCAGUGGUUCUUACCUGGUUGGUUGCAAAGCGAUAAAUGGUUCAGAAACUUAUUAAUAGACUUUUAGAGGUUUUAUAAAGAUAAAUAUUUUGUAAGAUACGCCAUAUGUUGACAAUUUUUAUACUGUGUUGGGUCGCCAUUUAAUAUCCAAUGACCUGAAACUUCCUGGGAACUGCUGGUCUAGAUAGUCACAUUUUUAUUACAAACAGGAAUCAGUUUACUAAUCAUCAAAAAAGUGGGUUUUCAGGUUUGUUGACGUUUCUAAGUCAUUUAUAUUUGGUCUGACUGGGUGAUGUGAGGCCCUUGAAUAUCUGAAGAACAACACUACUGGUGACCAGAAAGAAACACAAUUACAAAGUUUUACUCUGAAUAGCACUUAUAGGUUCUUUGUCUUGGUAGUAAGAGUUUUGAAAGAUCCUCCUGCAUUGGAUGCUUGUUUUAAAAGGGUGGUUUAUCCAAAAAGUUAGCCUGUCAUCAUUUAAUCACCAUAUGUUAUACAAAGCUCUUAUAAUUCCUUUUGCAUCUAAAACUGAGGUGAAGUGUGUCCGUUUGCAUACAGUGAAUGUCAGGCAGAUCCUAUUGAGUUACAAAAACAAAACGCAUAAAAAAAACCAGUCUACACUACUCAAAUUUUUAGAACAGACAAUAAAAUCAACAUGGGUUCAUUCUGAAAACGUAGCUCUAUAUACGUUUCUAUAGAAUUAUGUAGCCAGAGGAACGUAUGGCUGCAUUUCGUUUUUAAAACCAACGCUACGGUGCCGUUUCUUUUCUCGCUUACAGCUGACUGCUUACCUUUGUAUGGAUGCUUGUCCAGUUACCAGUUUGUCCAGUUAGCUUGCCAUGUACGUCGGUGGACUUAGGACACAGAGAGGAGUUGACCACGACGACAGGGUUUGAGUCCGGUGAAGAAGCUCUCAAAGCUCUAAAAUUUCACUGACAUGAAAUCUACAUAUUCAAACUGAUACACCACAACUGGUUGAAUGCCACAUCAAACAGUCAAUAAUUUAGGUUUGUUAAGUGCAGUUACAUUAACAUUUUUAAAGGACAGUAGCAUAUAGAUGUAUGAACUAACAGAUGUCACUUUCAAAGAAAUCAGCGAAUAAUGAGUGCAGAGCUUUUUUAAUUUCCGGAUUCUGCUUGACAACUGUGCGUUCACAUUGAAAAUCAAUCCAUGGGAACACUGAAGCACUCUCUGUAACACAAAACUAUCAAAUAGCUACAGAAGGCUUACAAUAACAUACAAAAAGUAGUGGAAAGAGUAAUGAAAAAUCAUACCAUUACUUGCCUAAAAUGUAGUGCAAGUAGAGUAUAAGUAUCUGUUUUCAAUAUUACUCAAAGUAUGAGUAAAAAUUAGACCUUUCAAAAGUACUCAAGAGUAGAGAAUGGUGAAAUGCUGAUGCAUUUACAUGUAAUUUUUGGAUGUGUGUGUAAACGUAACAUUCUGUAGUGCAUUUAGUUAUCGCCCAGCAGGCACAUCAACAUCAUAAGACGUUAAUAUUAGGUUGUAAUGUCAGGUGACCAAAAUUCAAUGUUUAGCCAGCGUCUAAGGACAACGGUAUAUGAUGCCCAAUAACAACUUUAAAUGACGUUGAAAUUUUGGUUGAUUUUAAGUUGUGUUAGAAAGUGACCAAAAUCCAUUAUCGAGCUGACAUCUUAAACCAACAUAUGGAUGUCAAAUACUGACAUUUACUCGUCAGGUAUGGAAGCCAAAAUACAACAUCUGAUAGAAGUCAAAGCGGUAACGUCCACACAACGUGAAACUGUAACAUCAUUAGACGUUACGAUUUGGUUGCUUUUAGAUUGGACAUUGACAACGUCGGCCUGACGUUGGGUUCUGAUAUCAACCCGAGGUUCAUUUCCAAACAAAAUGCAAAGUCCCCUUGACGUUGGGGUACCCUUGACUUGUGCCUGCUGGGUGUUUACGUCCAUUUUGGUUAUCACAGUAAUCCUCCGUCAUCUUCUCAUCAGUGACAUGCAUCUUAACAAGCUCUAGGUCAAUGCAUGUGAAGAUUUUGGACAUCUUUAUAGACACUUUUAAUGCUUCUUAACAGUUUGCUGCGAUUAUAAAGCACUCACGUCUUAAGGUAGUUCAUUAUGAUGCGAUUUACCUUCUAUGUGUGAUUUGAUUGGACUUACAGGACUGAUUUGUCUAAACCCCAUAGACAAGAAAAAAUAAAGUAGUGACUCAAGUUGAAAGAAAGUGCAGUGAUACAGCACUAAAAAUGUACUCAAAAGUACACAUUUAUAAAACUACUUAGUAAAUUACAAUUUCUGAGAAAAACUACUCAAUUAUAGGAGUUUAAGUAUUCUUAAUUAGUCACUUUACACCACUGCAUAUAAGUGACAUGGACCUCUUUUAUGGUGCAUUUUAAGUAGACGUUGCUUUCUUGCGUAAAACAUAUGACAGAUUUUCGUUUUUGAAUAAGCCGAACUUUUAACCUGCCAAUAAGUCAACACUUUUACAUUGCUCAUACAUGGAACAUGGAGAAGCAAAAUGUACUUUAGUGCUUAUAGAUUUCUUACAUUUUUAGCCAGGGGAAAGUGUUUUGUUGGUGGAACAUGUGGAUAAGGCAAACAGAACUGCAUAGGGUUAGGUGGAACAGUUUGUGUUGUAAUCUAAUGGCAUCCUUAGCUAAUGGAAAUCUCUGAUGCGUCCUCCGCCUUGCGAAUACUCCAGAAAUGACCUCCUAUCCUAUGAGAAUAAGGCAAUAAUGUUUUGGAAACAGAAGUGAUGUUUUCAGGAAAUUGCUGGCAAGGGUUUUGGGUCGCAUAAGCAAUGGAACUCUUGCCUAACAUGUCUGUAUGUUUGCCAGAGCAGCGUUUGAUCUUCUGCAGUGUUUCGUGUUGAUGGUCUGUGACAAACACUGUUACUUAAACCGUUGCGUCACGCUCGGCGUCCCCAGGGACAUGGUGGUGGGUGAAGCCAAAAUGGUUCGAGCACCACCAUGUUAUAUGCAAUUAUUUGGCGAGCGAUCUCUGCAUCGAGACUUCGUAUUGCAACUUAAUAUGCUUACAAAUCAAAUCUGUAUGUUUUCUAAUCAGUGACUUUGAUUCAGUGAGUUUGAAUGCUCCCUGUUCAUUCUCUUAUUGAGAUCAUCUAAAUUGAUGUGGACUGGUUGUUCCUGCUCACUGAAGACAACGAAUGUCUAAAAAAUGGAUUUGAAUCUUACGUUCAGGAAUUAUCUGUAUUGUUUAUCAUUAUGCUCUCAAGUUGCACUGUUUUUACUCAUUCAUAGUGCCAUUUAUUCUGCUGUAAAGUGUUUUGGAAAUAAAUAUAAAUUCAAAAACUGU